AUGCUUCAGGUUGAAAAACAAAGAACAAAAGUAGCAGAUACAAAACCGUUAGACUAUAUCUUUACAAAUGCUGGUAGGACUAUUUCAGAUGAAGAAAUUUCAUCCCGAGUAUACAGGUUUGACUAUCCAAUUCGUUGGCUUCAAAGUCCUUCAGAUGCAAAGGCAAUAGGAUUUAGAAGAGUUUUGUUUUCAAAUAGAACUAACGCAUUUAUGUUCGCAGUAUAUUUUCAUGGGCAGUAUAAAGGUUCUGAUGGUCUAAUAGACAAAUUUGACGAAAUGAGAAUCUUUACAGUUCGUUCAGACGAAAGUCUUGAGAAAACUCUAAAUGACUUUCAAACUUAA